CCUCCCCUUUUGGCAGUCACAUGGGUGGUUUCUAUUCGCUCGUGACAUUUUUGAACAAAUAACAGGGCAACGAGGCGUGCCAUGGCUGCCUCGUUGUUAUUGGGCAGCACAUCUGUAACAGCAUCCAACUCCCGGGACAGCUCAGCCGUGUCCACCGGCCUGCUGCGGUUACAUAUCACUGUCCACUUCGCAUCUGCCCCGGGACAUAAUUUGCCAGAGACAUACCGCUGAGACACGCAGAGACAGCAGACUCGGUGAACCACAAAAGCAAGGGGUUCUGAAGCAGGAAGUGGGUGGAACUGGUUCGGUGGGGGCAAGCGGAAAGACGUCUCUCACCAAUCAUGUCAAACGAGCGCACCCCUCUGAUCACCUCAGGGGUAUGUGGUCUGACUGUGACUGCAGCCGCAUGCGGCACCGAGUCGGAGGCCACCCCUGAAUCCGGCCAUGGGACUCCGAGUAAAGAGCCUCGAAAACUAAACACUUUUUUUGGGGUGAUGGUGCCCACCAUCCUCUCCAUGUUCAGCAUCAUACUGUUCCUGAGAACAGGCUUUGUGGUGGGUCACGCAGGACUGUUACAGGGUCUUUUAAUGCUGAUUGUAGCCUACACCAUCGUAUCUCUCACAAUACUCUCCAUCUGUGCCAUUUCCACCAACGGUGCCAUACAAGGAGGUGGAGCCUACUACAUGAUAAGUCGGUCCCUGGGUCCUGAGUUUGGAGGAAGCAUUGGUUUGAUGUUUUUCCUGGCCAAAGUGUGUGCAUGUGGAGAGUAUGUCCUUGGUCUCGUGGAGGCGAUACUCGACAUAUUUGGCUCUGAUCCUGAGUCAUCUGAGUCCGGGGGAGUUCAUGUGCUUCCUCAGGGCUACUGGUACACAGUGCUGUACUCCUCAGUAGUCCUCCUGCUGUGUCUAAUUGUGUGUCUGGUAGGCGCCCACAUCUACUCCCGCACCGCCUUCGUCAUCCUGCUGGUGAUCACUGUCUCCUUGCUGUCCAUCUUCAUCAGUUCAGUGGCGGUCAAGCCUCGUGAUUUUGUCAUCACCCACCAGGGACCUGGUAAUCAGACUGUCCGCUUCAACGCCAGCUACACGGGCUUCAGUGCCAACACUCUGAGGAACAACCUGGGCUCUGGUUAUGCUUUGGACUACAGCACCAACUCUGUCAUGUCUUUUGCCACCGUGUUUGCCGUCAUGUUCACCAGCUGCACUGGCAUCAUGGCGGGAGCCAACAUGUCAGGCGAGCUGAAGACUCCGAGUGUUUCCAUCCCCAAAGGCACCAUCAUAGCCGUCUUUUACACUUUCACAGUCUACGUCCUCCUCUUCAUCUUGAUCAGCGCGACUUGCGACAGAACCCUGUUGAUUGAAGAUUAUGGGUUCCUUCAGAAGAUAAACAUCUGGCCUCCAUUCGUCACCAUUGGAAUAUACUGCGCCUCUCUGUCAGCGGCCAUGUGCGCUAUGAUUGGAGCGUCCCGUAUCCUCCACGCUCUCGCCCUGGAUCAACUCUUUGGUUUGCCCUUAGCACCAGCUGCCAUCACAUCAAGCUCGGGGAAUCCGUGGGUGGCAGUCCUGUACACCUGGGCUCUGGCACAGUGUGUCGUGUUUGCAGGCCAGCUCAAUGCCAUAGCAAGUUUGGUGACUGUUUUCUACUUGCUUGCCUACGCUGCGGUUGACCUGGCCUGUCUGGCUCUUGAGUGGGCGUCGGCUCCAAAUUUCAGGCCGACCUUUCAGCUCUUCUCCUGGCACACCUGCCUGCUGGGGAUCCUGAGUUGUUUAGUGAUGAUGUUCGUCAUCAACCCCGUGUACUCCUCAGGCAGCAUCGUCCUCCUGUUACUGCUGCUGCUUUUCCUCCACUACAGAUCACCCACCAGCAGCUGGGGCUACAUAAGCCAGGCUCUCAUUUUCCAUCAGGUGCGUAAAUAUCUGUUGAUGUUGGAUGUGAGGAAAGACCAUGUGAAGUUCUGGAGGCCGCAGGUGUUGUUAAUGGUGGCCAACCCUCGUUCCUCGUGUCAGCUCAUCCUGUUUGUCAACCAGCUGAAGAAGGGAGGGCUGUUUGUGCUGGGUCACGUGCAGCUGGGAGAUCUGGAUACCCUGCCUUCUGACCCGGUCCAGCAGCAGUACAACUUCUGGUUGAGUCUGGUUGAUAAACUCGGGGUGAAGGCCUUCGUAGACCUGACGCUGUCUCACUCCGUCAGACAGGGAACACAGCAUCUGCUGCGCAUCACGGGCCUAGGCGGCAUGAAGCCAAACAUGCUGGUCCUGGGUUUCUAUGACAGCUGCACUCCUGAGGAUUUCUUCCUACAAGAUACCGCUUUCUGUGACUCCUCAGUGGGACAAAGCACUGAGGGUGAGUAUAAUUUUGGGGUUGAUCUGCCUUCGUUACAGGCCCAUUUCCCUCCUGUCCGAGAUGUUGAGAGCCCACGAUGGCUGUCACCAGAGGAGUAUGUAGGGAUCAUUUCUGACACCAUUAAAAUGAACAAGAACGUCUGCCUCGCUCGCUAUUUCUUCCAGUUAGAGGGGGAGGGUAAAGACAGCAAGGUCGACGGGUCAGAGCGGACUAUAGAUGUCUGGCCUCUAAACUUGUUCCAGCCAGGCAGCAGUGAUUAUCAGGAUGUGUGCAGCCUCUUUCUGCUGCAGAUGGCCUGUGUGCUCAACAUGUCCAACAAGUGGCGCCAUGCAAGAAUGAGAAUCUUCCUGAACGUGGAGACUGAGUCCAGUGACCAGGGCUGGGUGGUAAACGAAGAGACGUUUCGAGAGUUGCUGAGGAAGCUGAGAAUCAGAGCGUCGAUAAAGAUUGUGCCGUGGGACACAGUGGUGCGGCACCACGCUCAUUUGGAAGAGGAACCAGCGCAAAUUUUGUCCGAGGACUUCCUGUCGGCGGUGAACUGCAUGUUGAUGGAGCACAGCUCGCAAGCUGCUGUUCGCUUCCUGUAUUUGCCGCGACCUCCUUCUCAUCACAGCCAGUCACAGCAGUACUUGGCUGAGGUGGAAGCAGUGACCAAUAGUUUAGGGCCAACGCUCCUGAUUCACGGUGUCACCCCUGUCACAUGCACUGAGCUUUGAGCCUGUGCACCCCUGUUCAUGUUGUAGCAUUCAAUACUGUACAUGCAGCAAGUAUAAACUCUGGUUACAUGUAAAAUUAACACAUAAUUUAAUGAACAGCAGACGCUGAGGUGAAAUAUGUAGGAGCAGUUACUAUGCUUUCCUCUAACGCAGCUUAUGUUGUUUUACUGAAGCUUAGAAAAGGACCACAGCCAUGUGUGUUUUUAAAAUAUUCCUCAAGAGGUUUUUGCAUUCAAGUUGGAUGUUUUCCUGGUUUCAUACAUUUUAACUGGCUCAAGCCAAGAGAUGGAGGAAUGCUAAUGUCCGCAGGUGUGAUUUAUGUUGGUAUAACCUCUUGUUUGCCUUAGCUUUAGGUCUGUCUUUUGACUAAAGACAGAAAUCAGAAUGUGUCAAAGACUCCUCGGAACAAAAACACAAUUUGUUUUGAGCAGUACGGGUUCUCUAGGGAGUUGAUUAUAGAAAGGUGUAUAUAUAAUUAUAAUUUCAGGGAUGAAAUGAUGAAUUUGUGGUGUUUUGGGGUAACACCAACCAUGGUAGGAUCUCAUUUUGCUGGUUAAGGUUGUUUUUUUUAAUUAACUGUCUUUCUGCUGUUUGCUUUUUCAACAUUUUUACAUCUCUGCUGGUUACUGGACCAAAGCGAUCCAAUGACUUUUUUGUUUCUGACCUGAACAGAUUCAUGUUUUCCAUGCACUUUUGCAAACAUAAUUUCUUUUGCUGUCAACUGUGUAUCGCUAGUCUUCACAAAGGGAACCGUUUUGUACAUUUGACCUCAAACAGCAUUUGUCGCUGUUGUGUGUUCUAAAUUAAAAAAUGUCUUGCAUGUG